CCUCCCUCACAUGACCGAGGCGGCUGGGGCUGGGGCCGGGCCUCCCCUCCUCCUGGGCGGGCUCUGAGGCGGGCGCUGCCGCCGCGGCUCCUGCCUUCCUUCCCCUCCUGCGGGCGGCCAUGGCGGCCCACCUGAGCUCGGGGCGGGUGAACCUGACGCUGCUGCGGGAGGCCGGCCGCAGGGAGCUGCGCGAGUUCCUCGACAAGUGCGCCGGCUCCAAGGCCAUAGUAUGGGACGAGUAUCUGACAGGGCCUUUUGGAUUGAUUGCACAGUAUUCGCUUUUAAAGGAACAUGAGGUGGAGAAAAUGUUUACCUUGAAGCCAGGCCGCCUCCCUCUCGCUGACGUCAGGAAUAUUAUUUUCUUUGUGAGACCAAGGCUAGAGCUAAUGGACAUAAUCGCUGAAAAUGUGCUCAGCGAGGACAGAAUCCGUUCCCCGCAGAGGGAUUUCCACAUCCUGUUUGUGCCGCGUCGCAGCUUGUUGUGUGAGCAGCGGCUGAAAGACCAGGGGAUUCUGGGCGCCUUCAUUCAUCGAGAGGAGUACAGCCUGGACCUCAUUCCAUUUGAUGGGGACCUUUUGUCGAUGGAGUCGGAAAAUGCCUUUAAAGAAUGUUACCUGGAGAAUGACCAGACCAGCCUCUACCAUGCAGCAAAGGGUCUCAUGACCCUACAGGCGCUCUAUGGAACCAUUCCGCAGAUCUUUGGGAAGGGCGAAUGUGCACGGCAUGUGGCAAAUAUGAUGAUCAGGAUGAAGCGAGAGUUCUCCGGAAGCCAGAAUCCAAUAUUUCCUGUCUUCGACACUUUGCUGCUGCUUGACCGCAACGUAGACUUGAUGACGCCUCUGGCCACGCAGCUGACAUACGAAGGGCUUAUUGAUGAGAUAUAUGGAAUUCAGAACUCAUACGUGAAACUCCCUCCUGAAAAGUUUGCUCCCAAGAAACAGGGGGAGAGUGGCAAGGACCUCCCUACAGAGCCUAAAAAGCUGCAGUUGAAUUCCGCUGAGGAGCUCUACGCAGAAAUCCGAGACAAGAACUUCAAUGCCGUCGGCUCUGUGCUGAGCAAGAGAGCCAAAAUCAUCUCAGCUGCAUUUGAGGAGAGGCAUCAUGCUAAAACCGUUGGAGAGAUCAAACAGUUUGUCUCACAGCUGCCUCACAUGCAAGCAGCCCGAAGCUCUUUAGCGAAUCACACCUCCAUUGCGGAGCUCAUCAAAGACAUCACUACCUCAGAAGACUUCUUUGAUAAGUUAACCGUGGAACAGGAAUUUAUGUCAGGCGUUGACACUGAUAAAGUCAACAAUUACAUUGAAGAUUGCAUUGCCCAAAAGCAUCCCUUGAUCAAGAUAUUAAGGCUUGUUUGUCUGCAGUCCGUGUGCAACAGCGGGAUGAAACAGAAGGUCCUGGAUUAUUACAAGAGAGAGAUUCUGCAGACCUACGGUUAUGAGCAUAUUCUGACUUUAAAUAAUUUGGAAAAAGCUGGACUCCUGAAGCCUCAGACAAGCGGUCGAAACAACUACCCAACGAUUCGGAAAACUUUACGUCUGUGGAUGGAUGAUGUCAACGAACAGAAUCCCCAUGAUAUUUCCUACGUCUACAGUGGUUAUGCUCCUCUGAGUGUGCGCCUGGCACAGCUGCUCGCCCGGCCGGGAUGGCGAAGCAUAGAAGAAGUCUUGAAGAUGCUUCCGGGUCCUCACUUCGAAGAACGGCAGCAGUUGCCUACGGGACUUCAAAAAAAGCGUCAGCACGGAGAAAACAAAGUCACGGUGGUCUUUUUCCUGGGCGGUGUGACGUAUGCCGAAAUUGCAGCCCUCCGGUUUCUGUCGCAGAUGGAAGAUGGAGGCACAGAAUACGUCAUUGCGACAACAAAAUUAAUCAAUGGAACAAGCUGGAUCAAGUCUCUGAUGGAGAAGCUGGAGGCUCCACCUUUCUAGCACUGGAAAUCUGUACCAAAAUCCCAGGGCCCCUUGUGCUGUCUUCAAAAGAAGUAGAGAAAUGUCCUGGAUUGUGGGAAAUGACCUUCGGUAUCACCACGGGGUGUAAUGCAUGAGUCUUGGCACUCUUCCCUCUGCUCAGUAGAGGACUUUACUAGGAACUGAAGCCUUUGAAAGAGGGAAGGCUAUAAGGAAAUGAGCUAAUUCCUCCACAACUGUACUCCCUUCUAACUCCAUUGUCUUCAGUAGGGUUAGGAGGGUAUAACUCUGCUUAAGACGGCACUACAAAAGUCAGAUUUAAGACCGAGGUCCGGUUUUUUCCCCACCUUUCUCUGCUGUUGCCUUCUUGCUCCAAGGUCCCUUAAUAACCCUCCCCUUCCUCCCAAAAAAGUUGCCAUCCUGGUAGACCUGUAUGCUGUCACGUUCCUUCUUGGGCCACCAUUUAAUUUAUCUCUCACCGUUGUCUGUGCCAGAAACAAAAGAGGAAAGUCUACCUAUACCACAUGCUGCAAAAAUUUCUGAAUCUUUUGUUUAAUGUCAGUGUUUCUUUACAAGCUUCAGACACCUGUUGUAAAUUUUUCAAUAAAGAUCAUGCCGUAGAGUGA